AUGCAGGUGGCGUGGCUCGGCCUUUGUGGUCGUUGCCGCAAGCCAGCUCAUGCCGAGGAUGACGACUGCGGCGUACAGUGUGCGGCGUGCGGGAGACCACACAGCGUGAUAAUGUGCGCCACUCGAGAAACAGGACUUCAGAGGACAAUGACGACUAAGUGGGCAGCGUGCUGA